AUGGCUGGGAAGCUGGACUCCAAACUCCUUCAAGCCCUCAGUGUGAUGGGGUUUACGUUUAUGACGCCCGUCCAGCACCGUGUUUUAACUGAACUUCCAAAUUGGCGCAGUGACUGCCUUGUCCAGGCCAAAACUGGUACUGGCAAAACCCUUGCCUUUCUGCUGCCUGCAUUGCACUGCCUACUCCAAGGUCGUUUGGCGCCACCAAGAGGUCAGGUCGCCAUCUUGAUCAUCACCCCAACGCGAGAGCUUGCCCAGCAGAUUGCAAAGUCAUGUGAUCAACUAACAUCGCAGCUUGCGACGCCUGUGAAGUGUGACAUUGCAGUUGGUGGAACGGCUCGAGCAUCAGCUCUUUCGCGCUUCAUGAAGGGGGCUCCGUCCGUUCUUGUUGCAACCCCGGGACGACUAAAAGACUACCUCUCCGAAGCCUCAACGGCCCAGAAGCUGUCUAACAUCCAAACACUGGUUUUGGACGAAGCCGACACGAUGCUCGAGAGCGGCUUUCUAGCUGAUGUGAAGCAAAUCCUCCAGCUCAUUCCACCAAAGAGCGCUGGCUGGCAAGGCAUGUGCUUCUCAGCCACUGUUCCACCCAAAGUCAAGGAUAUGGUCAGUGUUGUGUUAAGGCCAGGCUACAGUAGCAUUUCGACCAUUGAAAAGAGUGAAGCACCAACGCAUGAGAGAGUACCCCAGUACCACAUGCUGAUGCCUUCUGUGGCGGAUACCUUCACCACACUAGUCUCCCUUCUCGAGCUUGAAAUCAAGGGCAGCUCUAAAAUCAUUGUCUUCGGUGUCACUGCAAACAUGGUUGCUCUUUUUGCAGGAGUCUUUUCUCGGGGCUUGACUCCUUUGAAGGUGUUUGAGAUCCAUUCCAGGCUCAGCCAGAGCGCUCGCACAAAAACCACGGCUCAAUUCAAGGAGGCGGCUGCCGGAAUCCUGUUCGCCUCGGAUGUUAUUGGUCGUGGCAUGGAUUUCCCCAAUGUCGACUUGGUUAUCCAGGUCGGUUUGCCAUCGAAUGGCGAACAGUACGUUCAUCGUGUCGGUCGUACAGCCCGCGCUGGGAAUGAUGGCCGCGCUAUCAUCCUUCUCACGCAAGCAGAGUCUUUCUUUGUGAAGAACAAUCGCCACUUGCCCAUCAAGCCCCACCCCCAGACCAACGUGAUCAUUGCGGGUGCUUCCGCAUGCGCCGCUGUUGUCACUCAGGCCAUGUAUAGCAUUGACAAAGAGACAAAGCAACGUGCUUACUCGUCUUUCAUUGGUUUCCUUGCUGGAUCGGGUCUUCUGAAGCAACUUCGUCUCGAUAAGCCUGGUCUUGUUCAACUCGCAAACGAGAUGGCUAUGAAAGGCAUGCAUGCCCUGAACCUCCACCAAUGGACAAGAAGAUCGUUGGCAAGAUGGGCUUGA